AUGGAUACCAAGGACUGUCCAACUACUAUUUCUUCUUCAACACCAUGCCAAAGCUGCUCUACGAUUAUCAAUUUUAGGAUCACUUCUUCGGACACCAGCUGCCAGUGUGGUGAUCUUGAAGCCAACAGCUGCCAACCAACUCAUGUUCUGAGAACUCUCCCAGCCCAGGGCUGCCAGCCUACUCUCUGCUUUGGUCUCAUGCCCACCUGCUUGGUAAACAACAUCAGGACCGGUCCCUCUGUGGAUGACCGUGGCUGGUGUAGUGAGGGCAUCAACAGGAAGGAGAAAGAGACCAUGCAAAUCUUGAAUGACCGCCUUGCUAACUACCUUGAAAAGGUGCGGAUGCUGGAACGGGAGAACACUGAACUGGAGUGUAAAAUCCAGGAGGAGUGUAAUAAGGAGCUCCCUGUCAUCUGUCCUGACUACCUGUCCUACUACGCAACCAUUGAAGAGCUGCAGCAGAAGAUCUUGUGCACCAAGGCUGAGAAUUCCAGACUGGUCUCACAAAUUGACAACACCAAACUGGCUGCUGAUGACUUGAGAGCCAAGUAUGAAGCUGAGCUGCCCCUGUGCCAGCUGGUGGAGGCAGAUGCCAACGGCCUACGGAAGAUCCUCAAUGCGCUGACCCUGGGCAAAGCGGACCUGGAGGCAAGAGGCCAGUCUCUGAGGGAGGAGCUCCUUUGCCUCAAAAACAACCAUGAAGAGGAAAUCAGUUCCUUACAGAGCCAGCUGGGGGACAGACUGCACAUCGAAGUGACUGCUGCCCCUUCUGUGGACCUCAAUCGGGUUCUGCAAGAAAUGAGAUGUCGGUAUGAGUCUAUCAUGGAGGCAAACCGCAGAGAUGUGGAACAAUGGUUCAACAUGCAGAUGGAGGAGCUGAACCAGCAGGUGGUGACCAGCUGUCAACAGCAGCAGUGCUGCCAGAAGGAGAUCAUCGAGCUGAGACGUGCCGUGAACGCUCUGGAGGUUGAACGGCAGGCCCAGCACUGCAUGAGAGACUCCCAGGAAUGCAUCCUGGCGGACACAGAGGCCCGCUAUACAGCCCUGCUGACCCAGAUCCAGGGUCUGAUCGAUAACCUAGAGGCUCAGCUGGCGGAGAUCCGAUGUGCCCUGGAGCGGCAGAACCAAGAAUACGAGAUUCUGCUGGACGUCAGGUCCCAGCUGGAGUGUGAGAUCGCCACCUACCGCGGCCUCCUGGAGAGCUCGGACUGCAAGCUUCCCUGUAACCCGUGUGCCACCAAACCUGGGCCUGCCAUUUGCACAGCCAGUAAGGGCGGAGCCAUGGAGUGUGCGGCCCCAGUGUGCGCAGCACCCUCAGCUCCCCGAGGGACACCGGAGCCCUGCGGUGCCUGCAGGGCCCUGACCCACCUACUGGCUAAAAUCUGCACCGUCACCAAGGAGAUCAAAGACGGGAAAGUCAUCUCUUCGUAUGAGCAUGUGCAGCCUUGGUUCAUCAUCAGAGCUGCCCAAGCCUAACCUCCCAGGGCGGUAAAAAUCCCUCACUCAUGACACGGAGGCCAACAUUUGUCCCUGCCCGAAAGGUUUAAGAGUCCCCCAGCCCCUGCAGGUACUUAGUUUCUUUCUACUACGGUGGGUCGCCAUCCACAGAUUAUCUUUCAUUCUGCUCCUUCCCUAAGUGUCCGCUGCCACACGGACGCUCACUGACGUUCUCUGGAAGCACUGCUCACAUUCACCUAAGGAGCGAGCACUGACCUGUAAGUGCCCAAGAAGGUGACCUACAUUG